ACAAAUAGUAUUUACAUUUCGCGUACAAAAUGGUGCUUCGCAAUUUGAAUAACUUGAACUCAAUUCCCCUCACAGAAGUGUAGGCUGUAUUAAACAAGAAGAUAAGAACCCAGUAACAGAAGCUGAUUGGACGCCCGUGAUCACAUGUUUAAAACAACUACCUGCACAGCGAUUGGCUAACACCAGUGCUUUGAACUUUGCUCGGACAGACGUUUUCUCGGCAGUGAAAGAUGGGGAUCUGUUUCCUUACGGACCAUACGAGAUCUUCAAAAACAAACAGUACUUGGAGACUACUAAGAUACUAGAGAGAGACUAUCUUGUCAGUGUGCUGCAGAAUGAUGGGUCCGUUGGCCAGACUGGCGCCAAGGGAAAGAUCUAUGAUCGUGACUACGUUCGUGAAUGGGUUACCUUAGCUAUGACUUUGACCUACGGCAAUGCCAGCAACGAAGUCAUCGACAAGGUGACAUUUUUCUACAUGAACUAUUUUGACGUGUCCCCACUCAACGACUUGGCGGCAGACUUCUUUUUCAACAUUCCCGCCGUCCAGUACGUGGAAGGACUCACCCAGGACUUCCCAAGACGCCCAAGCAAGACGUACCUGCUGUACUUCAAGCACUUCCCCAAGUUCCUCACUGGGGACGUACAGGGGAUGGCUCACGCUGUGGAUCUGCUCUACUUGUUUGACGCCGGAAACCUCGAUGUUCUCAAAAUGGUUCCUUAUCCGUACAAUGCCAAUAGCUGUGGACCGGUAGACAAAGCGUUAAAAUACAAGUACAUGCACAUGCUCUCAGCGUUCGUCAAGACUGGAAACCCCAACAAAGGACUGGGUGGCGACCUCAUCUGCGACUGGCCACCUUUUGACCCCCAGAGACGUAGCUACCUUCAGUUUUCGGAAUUCUCAGAAGUAAAGAACGACGUCAACGGGGACAGAGUUCGAUUGUGGCGAGAGAGAAUUCCAAUGUGGAUCAAACAGUAUCCAUAAACAGAGAAUUCCAAACGUGUCACUGAAUUGAUGAAGGAAUUGUUUGUCUGGGCACUUGAUUUUUAUUUUAUCUGUAAGCAUCAAAAAAGUAGAGAAGAGAAGAGAAGAGAAGAGAAGAGAAGAGAAGAGGAGAGGAGAG